UGGAAGAACGUAGUCCGGAGACAGUAGUGGGCGCAUUACUGUAGGUUUGCCUCUCGCCCUCUGUCUGGCACUUGCCGGUCUCUGAUUUCCUACCAUGCUACCAGCACUGCUGCGGCGAUGUCUGCGGAAGCCGAACACGCCGCCCACAACUACCACCCUCUACCAAUCGUAUUCGCUCGUGCCAAAGGUGUCUCUGUAUGGGAUCCUGAGGGUAAACACUACCUCGACUUCCUCUCUGCAUAUUCCGCGGUCAACCAGGGUCACUGCCACCCGCGUCUCGUCGCCGCAUUAACAGAACAAGCGAGCCGUCUGACCCUUUCCAGCCGUGCCUUUUAUAACGACGUGUUUCCUAAAUUUGCCGAAAAGAUUACCUCCAUGACCGGCUUUGAGAUGGUCCUGCCGAUGAACACUGGUGCGGAAGCAGUCGAGACUGGGAUCAAGAUUGCUCGAAAAUGGGGAUACAAAGUCAAGGGCAUUCCGGCAGGCAAGGCCUUGGUCAUGGGCGUAACAGACAAUUUCCACGGCCGCACUUUUGGUGCUAUCACUCUGUCCACUGACCCCGAGAGCCGGGAGAACUACGGACCUUACCUUCCGGGCGUCGGUGCCGUAUGCCCGUCAAGUGGCAAGGCGAUACCGUUCAAUGAUGCGGCGGCUCUGGAGGCCGCCCUGGAGGUUCAUGGGAAAGAGACAGCAGCGUUCAUCGUCGAGCCGAUUCAGGGCGAAGCGGGUGUAGUGGUUCCUGCAGAGGAUUAUCUUCAGAAAGUCCGUGCACUUUGCACAAAACACAACGUUCUCCUCAUAUGCGAUGAGAUCCAAACCGGAAUUGCUCGAACGGGGCGCCUUCUUGCGCACGAAUGGGCCGGCAUCAAGCCCGACCUCGUCUUCCUGGGAAAGGCGAUCAGCGGAGGCAUGUACCCCGUCUCUUGCGUGCUAGGUUCAAAAGAUGUGCUCCUGACCAUCGAGGCCGGUACUCAUGGCAGCACAUACGGUGGCAAUCCCUUGGGAAGUGCAGUGGCUAUUGCUGCAUUGGAAAUUGUCGAAGAGGAGGGCCUCGUGGAGCGAGCGCAGCGAUUGGGCGAGGUUUUCCGCGCAGGCUUGCAGGAUAUCCACGACGAUCCACGAACAGGUGGUGUUCUAUCCGGUUUCCGUGGCAAGGGCUUGUUCAACGCGAUCAUCAUCGAUGAGUCGGCGACACAUGGAGCCACAGCUUGGGAUAUUUGCUUGGCUAUGAAGGAGAAGGGUUUAUUGGCCAAACCAACACACCAAAAUAUCAUUCGUCUAUCACCGCCUCUGGUCAUCUCAGGGGAGCAGAUCGCGGAUGCCCUGCGCAUCUUGAAAGAAGCCAUCAUCGAAGUGCCGGCCGCAGCUGCCGCCAAAUCGGGGAAAAACUAAGAGCGAAAUGGAACUUUUCCUUUCGAGGUGAAGGGAGGUCAUUGCAAGAUGGA